GGGAUAUUUCCCCGGAGAAAAGACUGACUUUGCAUGCGUCAGUACCUCCUCACCCUUUUUUCCCUUUUUUACUGUUACGUACGAUGCACUAAGGAUGUGCCGAGGUACGAUUUUGCGUAGGAGGUGUAAUCGAUGCAACUUUCGGCCUCGGUACAGGCCUUUUGCGAUUAUCUUUGAGAGCUAGCUAGUAAUAGUCUGACGACGCACCUGGGUUACGUGAUUCGCAUUCAUGCCUUUCAUUAUAAAUCAAUCGCAUGACUGCUUCCCUCGGACUGUAAAUGUAGGCAUGUAGAUAGGGUUGUUACGUGUGCAUCCCUGCGACGCUAGCUCCGAUGCGGGCCGUCUUGGUUUACCGUUUCGAAAUAGAUGGCCGAAUGACACGAUUUUCUUUGAGCUUGGGUGGAUUGCGUUUUUUCCCUCUGAGCGCGAGUCGUCCAUGACGUAUAUAUAGCGUGGUGGUCCUCGUUUUUUUUGUAUGAUGCUACCUCAUGAUUUCGUUAGAACUUUGACAAGUUAUCUAUCUAUACCCAGACCUAUUCAAUCUCUUUUCUUUUACCCUUGAACUAGCAAAUUAGAGAAAAUCAAUAUGGCUCGCGAAAACAAGAAAUUCGUCCUCGCUCAGCGACCCAAGACGCACGUCGUCCCCGGCGAGACCUUCAGACUCGAGAAGGAGCCUGCUCCUACGGCUGACGAACUCAAGGAUGGCCAAGUCCUUUUGGAGGUCUUGUAUUUGUCCCUCGACCCUGCCAUGCGGGGAUGGUUAAACGAUACCCGGUCGUACUUACCGCCUGUUCAAAUCGGCGAGACUAUGCGCGGCGGUACUCUUUCCCGCGUGGUUGCCAGCAAGAGUCCCAAGGCCAAGGAAGGCGAGAUCGUCAACGCUAGUAUCGGCUGGACCGAGUACAAGAUCGUGAGCGAUAAGGAGUUUGAGAAGCUUGAGAUUCCUGAGGGCGGCCAGAUCACCGAUCUCCUCGGUGUUUUAGGACUGACUGGCUUGACUGCUUAUUUCGGUCUUGACAAGAUCGGAAAACCGAAGGCUGGUGAAACUGUCGUCGUAUCGGGCGCUGCGGGUGCUACAGGUUCUGUUGUCGGACAGAUUGCGAAACUGCGCGGAUGCAGAGUCGUCGGAAUCGCCGGCUCAGACGACAAGUGCGUAUGGUUGAAAGAGGAGCUGGGCUUUGACGCGGCGCUAAACUACAAGAGCGAGAACUUCAAAAAGGAGUUUGCGGAGGCGACGCCUGACUACGUCGACGUCUACUGGGACAACGUAGGCGGCGAGAUCCUCGAGAUAGCUCUCGGCCGCGCCCAGAAGCACUCGCGCUUUGUCAUGUGUGGUGCCAUCUCGGGAUACAACGAGUCUGGAAAGGAGACGAAGGGCAUUCGGAACCUCUUCCACGUGAUAGCCCAGCGCAUUCACAUGGAAGGUUUCAUCGUCUUCGACUUUUUGGGCGAAUUCCCGCGCGCCCGCAAGGAGAUCGGCGAGUGGCUGGCCGAGGGCAAGCUCAAGCGCAAGGAAACCAUCGUCAAGGGCGGCAUCGAGAAGGCGGAAUAUGCCAUCAAGGACCUGUUUGAGGGCAAGAACACGGGCAAGCUGCUUCUCGAGGUCAAGUCACCGAACGAGGUACGUGGUGCGAGGCUGUAAACAAUUUGCGUGCUUUGUCUUUGGUGUUUGUGGUUGGCGUUGCGCUGGACAUGGAGAGCACGUGUAGUUGAAUACCUACCCACGUUACCUAGGUAUCUCGACGUACGCGGGGUAAGCAUAUCUACAGACGACCUGCUUCUCGCGGAUAAGCUUCUUUUCAUCUCGUGGCCGACG